GCCGUCUGUAGUUAACUCCAUCUCCACCUUUUUACAUUUAAUUCCCUUUAUUAAUCUUUGCAACACCAAAGACGUUCACAAUCCGACUCCACUCCUUACUCUCUUUAAAUAAACUUUUUCGCCCAAACAUAGCUUCAACGACACCAAACAAUGGCUAUGAAAUCUGAGAACCCCGACGGCAAGGCUCUGCUGACUAGAAGAAGCUGCUUCUUUGUUUUCUCUCUUUAGUGAUGAACCUCAUAGUCGUAUAUUCAGAUAGAUGUACUCAAGAUGAUGUUCCAAGUGAUGAGAACCUCUCUGAAGAAGACGAGUCCAAGUUGCCAUUGCAGUUAGCUAUUGUGGGUAGGCCUAACGUUGGGAAAUCAACAUUGCUCAAUGCAUUGUUGGAAGAAGAGCGUGUGUUGGUGGGUCCAGAAGCUGGUCUCACUAGAGAUGCUGUGAGAGUUCAGUACGAGUUUCAGGGCAGGACCGUCUAUAUGGUUGACACUGCUGGUUGGUUAGAGAGAACAGAGCGAGACAAAGGACCAGCGUCUUUAAGUAUCAUGCAGUCAAGAAAGAGUCUGAUGCGUGCACAUAUUGUCGCUUUAGUUCUCGAUGCUGAAGAGGUUCUGUCAUAUUCAAACAUAGUUGCCUUCUUUCUGUUGCAAAACUAAAGCGAUGACAUGUUUUUUGUUCCAGAUCAUAAAAUCUCAACGCAGUAUGACACAUUCAGAAGUAGUUAUAGCUAGACGGGAUGUAGAAGAAGGACGUGGUUUAGUCGUUAUCGUUAACAAAAUGGAUUGUCUAAGAGGGAAACAAAACUCUGAGAUGUACAAGAAAAUCAAAGAAGCUGUUCCCAUUGAAGUUCAGGCAGUUAUUCCACAGGUUAUCUGAUCUGUCAUUACUCCUUAGUAAUAAUUGAAAGAAAGAAACCGAUCUUUUGUGAACUCUUGAGGUUCUUGAGCGAUGAGAAACAUAAUGUUUUGGUUACAGACAGGAAUCCCUGUUGUGUUCACCUAUGCAUUAGAGGGAAGAGGACGUUUACAAGUAAUGAACGUUUACAAGUAAUGAACGAAGUCAUUGGCACAUACACGAGAUGGUGCUCUAGACUUUCACUGGACGCCUCAACCGCUGGUUAAUUAAGGAUGAUGGAAUCACAAAGAUAUUAUAUCAAUCAUUAAUAUCCUGUUAAAUAAUUGUAACUUACAUAUCCCAUAGAAAUUCAUAGUCUAUUAACAUUAAAAAUGAAA